UAUACAGGUCUUUUGUCUUUCAUUUUAAGCAGCCCCAUUUGGUCAUUUCUUAAGUAUGUAGACUCUUAUUUGUGGACUUUGGUGAUGUAUAUAUGUUCUCUAAACCAUAAUAUUCACACAUGUUUCAGAACAGAGAUAAUGGCGAAAACGAAAUCUGGAGAGAUGCUAAAGGAGAGACAAAGGAAAGGGUUCUGGUCACCUGAAGAAGACGAGAAGCUAAGGAGAUUCAUCCUCUCUCAUGGCCAUUCUUGCUGGACCACUGUUCCCAUCAAAGCUGGGUUACAAAGGAAUGGGAAGAGCUGCAGACUUAGAUGGAUUAAUUACCUAAGACCUGGGUUAAAGAGGGAUAUGAUUAGUGCAGAAGAAGAAGAAAUUAUCUUGACGUUUCACUCUUCCUUGGGAAACAAGUGGUCAAAGAUUGCGCAAUACUUACCAGGAAGAACUGACAACGAGAUAAAGAACUAUUGGCAUUCUCAUUUGAAAAAGAGAUGGCUCAAGCCUCCAUCUAUGUCCUCUUCUUCUGAAUCACGUGUUUCUUGUAGAGAAAGAAACCCCCAAACCUUAGUCUCGAAUCACGUCAUCUCAUUCCAGGGACUUCCUGAUAAGACAUCUUCAUCUCCAUCAGAAGAAAGCAACAACAACUAUCUAUGUUCUUCUGGUCCUGAGAUUCCAAGGCUUUUCUUCUCCGAGUGGUUUUCUUCUUCUGAUUUGACAGACUCCAACCACAAUCAUGCUCCAAGUAUUGAAGGAACUAUCUCAGAUUACCAAGAAUCAGGUGACGUUGAUCGGUUCCAUUACAACAAUAUGAUGAUGAACAACAGCAACUGGACUCUUGAAGACAUUGUCUUUGGUUCAAAGUGUCAGAAGCAGGAGCAUAACGUUGAUAGAGAGGGCCUAGAUUGUAACUCUUCUGAUAUUUUAUUUUCUUCAUCAAUAAUGAUGUAG